UUCAUGCAAGUAUUGUCAAGAAGAUGGGGAAGAGAAUACGUAGAAGGUUCAAGAAGGUCAUCAAGACUGUUACCAAGAUCAUCUUAUGUAGAGGUUGCUCAACUCAAGUCAUCCCCAUUGAUGACAAUCAAACUGAUAGUAGUAUCCGUGAUACAAAUCCUAAACAUUCCAAAAUGAAGGAAAAGCUCAAGCAAAAAGUAAUGUCAAGAUCUGCAAAAAAUCGAGCUGAGAAGCCAAUCAAUGAGACCUCCACUCCUAUCACUGUGGUUGCUGCCACCAAUCACUCUACCUCAACAGGGACCAGUAUCGGGCCAGUUGAUAGUGAUACCUUCACUCCCAUCACUGUGGUUGCUACCACCAAUCACUCUACCUCAACAGGGACCAGUAUCAAGCCAGUUGAUAGUGAGACCUCCACUCCAAUCACUGCAGUUGCUACCACCAGUCACUCCACCUCAGCAGGGACCAGUAUCGGGCCAGUUGAUAGUGAGACCACCACUGCAGUUGUUACCACCAAUCACUCCACCUCGGCAGGGACCAGUAUCGGACCAGCUGAUAGUGAAACUCCCACUCCCACCACUAUUAUAAUAGCGGCGAUUGCUACCACCAGUCAUUUUACCUCAGCAAGGACCAGUAUCGGGCCAGCUCAUGGUGAGACCUCAACCACUGUGGCAGCCACUGUUAGUUUAGCAAGGACCACUGGGCCAGAUAGAUGCUCUCCUGAUGCCUUCACUCACACAAAUACAGUAGAUCAAGAAUAUCUACAGACCAAUGAAGACACUGUUAUGCUGAGUGUAGCAAGUGAACCUGUUGUGAUCCCUAGAAUACCUUCUGCUGAGCUCUUGGAAAAACUCGAGAAGUUCAUAGAGAAUCAAGAGGUUACCAGCCGGCCUUUGCCUGAUCAUUGUAAGAUUGUCGAUGCUUCCUUGCCUUGCGACACUGAGCAAGACGAACCAUUGAAACUCUCUGUUUCAGACAUGUUAUGCAUUCAGAAUGAUCCAGACCUGGCGGAUCACAUGGAGAGAUUCCAAGGGGGUGUUACCAAACGAGAACCUCUGUACAUCGUUAUCGAUACCAAACUCUCAAGUCCUACAAUCUUCCAGUUUGAUCAUCCACUCUUUCGUGAAGGUUGCUUUGCAUCCCGCGUUCACAGAAAAAAGAUAUCUCUAGAAUACUGCUUGUAUGGAUGUGGAAAUGAGUUCACGGGAUUCGUACGGGUGUCUGACUCUGUACCAGCAAAAAAGUUGAUUGUUCAUUACACACUUGAUGAGUGGAAAUCAUGCGCAGACAUUUCAGCCACCUUGAUUAGGACUAAUUACAAAGGAGAGCAAACGAAUAGAUACGCAUUUGACCUACCGUACUUUAACCCUGGCUGCACUGACUUUGCCUUGUGUUUGGAGUCUGAAGAUGGAAAGAGUUGGUGGGACAAUAAUUCCGGCAAGAACUAUCGAGUUGGACUCGAUUAUAAUUAUUAGCCACAAACUACAUGUAUACAGAACUCUUAUUAAUACAGCAAUUCAUAUUCACAAAUUUUUGUAAGCAUGCAGUGUAUAAGCUUCUGCAAGCCACAAUUAUAUGUGUUGAAUUCAAUCCUGUAUUAUUAUGCUAUAAUUUUACAAAGUCAGA